AUGGCUCGACAGCCUGAGUCACUCAGUGCUGCAGAUCCUCAGGAGCGGGUCCUGUUUAUUUUCCCUGUCGAGUGCGAGGUUCUCUCCGACACUGGCUGGCUGAUCGACCCAGCCCCACCGUCCCCAGUCCAGCGGCUUCCUGUCAGCAGCGUGGGUCUCGCAUCAGACUUCCGACAAAAAUUAGAAGAAAAGUGGAAAGCAGUUUUUGUCUGUUUUGGCAAUAUAGACUUUCAGUUUGAUAAUCGAAACAAAGCCAAGACAAAUAAGCAGCUUGUCAUUGGCAGUGUCAGUUGGCUUCAGUUCCACUGCCAGAUAUUGUCUGCUCCAGCUCCUACCCAAGGUCCCACCAGUGCUGGGGCUGCAGGGCCACUUCCAGCUACCAAUGUGUCAAGCAACAAACGGAUGCAGCAGACACAAGCCCGGGUGGAUGAGGUGGUAGACAUCAUGAGAAUGAACGUGGACAAGGUGCUAGAAAGAGACCAGAAACUAUCAGAGCUUGACAACCGGGCAGAUGCAUUGCAAGCAGGUGCCUCACAGUUUGAAACCAGUGCAGCCAAACUGAAGAGAAAAUACUGGUGGAAAAAUUGCAAGAUGAUGAUCAUCCUUGGUGUAGUAUGCGCAGUCAUUCUCAUUAUAAUUAUAAUUUAUUUCUCCACUUGAAAAAGCAAGGAAGGAAGACUUGGCACAACUUUGUUCAUAUCAGUCAACGAUAUCAGUGUUCCUUUGUUGAACUCCGCUUUUUAAUUCCCAGUGUCUUGGGAUUUUUGCUUGUAAUAACCCAUAAGCAUUCGGUGUGGUGUGUUUUGGAAUUCUGUUGUUUCCACAAGAAACUGUACCAGCUAAAUACUGCCAAGUAGUUCCAUACACUGUCUUAUCACUGUGUCUUAAAAUGUGUAUGCACUGACCUUCAGAAACUGUAGUAUAUGAAAAGCAUCUUAAACAUCUCCGAAUCAGAGAAUGCAGCUAUGGGAAAGCUCCUGCUUAAAGGGACACUGUCAGGUGGAUUGGACCCAAACCUAAGGUUACAUCAAACUUUAGGGCCAAAAUUCUCAAGAUGAGCACCUAAAGUUGGUUGGCAAAAUCCACUAUCAGAUGCAGCUUUUUGAGGUAGUGAGUAUCUGCUACUCUCAUUGCAGAGAGUGGUACCUACAAGUAUUCAUGUAAGACAUCUUAUUUCAACUUAGCCAACCAACCCAAGUCUAAAAUCAUUCCCUGCAGAAAAUAAAUAGGACCAGAUCAUCAUCUUUUAUGGAUUUAAAUGUUUCCUUAUGGGGUGUUCUGUACAACCAGGAUGGCCUCCAUAUGAAAGCCAGAAAGAAGACUGUAUGACAACCAAAAAACCAUGAGCUAUCGUAAUCUUGAAAAAGCCAAGUGAAAUGCAAAAAUGGUAAUACAAGUGUCAUAAAUGUCCAAGAUAGAGACUCUUGCUAAAAGCUCAAGGCACUGUUUGUCAGUCUUCAUGGGACUCUCUUGAGUGCCAAUCCCCAAUAUUUAUGGCCCUAACUUAAAGCACAUGAUCAGCUUUGGUGAUGUCUGUGGCUUCCCAGCACAUUUGUAGGAAGCUAUCUCUGCACCAUUUUGCAAAAAUAGUCCCCACUGUGAGGACCAUUCAAAAAUCAGGAAGAAGGAGGUAUGGAUAAAUAGAGGGAACAGUGGAGAGCAGCCAAGAAAAGGAUGGGCGCCUAGCAAAGCUUUCCUGGGGGAGAGGAAGGCAGAGAAACACUGUUCCAAAUGGGUGGUGUUAAUAGUCUUUCUAAAAAUUUAAUUUAAUCUGUGUGUGUGUAUAGUUCAUAAACUAUAGUGUUGUCUUUGUACAGUGCUCAGCUGAGAUUUUCAUACUCAAUGAGUUUAAACUAACAUUUGAUGUAAUUAAUAGAAAUUAUAUAUUGCAGUUUGAAAGUUCUUGUAUGCUGUUGUUGUAGGGUUUCUCCCAAAUGUUGAAUUCCUUGGUUUUUCUUUUUUUACACACUGAAUAGUUUAAUCAUAGUUAACCAAACUAAAAAUGAAUUAUCAAAUUUUGAAAUUCUGAAAGGGUCUUUUUAGGAUAACUUCUUCAGAAUUUCUAAGAAGAAUUUGUAGAAUAAAAAAAAUAAAUUGUUUGGGUUGUUCCUCCCCUCCCUGCAAUUUAAUUAGGGCAUAGAAAUGGUGAUAAUAGUAGUGUAAAUAUUCCCACUUUGUAGCAUCUCUCUUGACAUGGUCUUAGAUUAAAAAAACAGAGACUGACACCAGUUCAUUGCGGUAGAUGUAUAUACAAAUUGUGCUCAAGUAGAAUUUUUCAAAGAGAAUAAGUGGUGAUCAGUUGAAUGGUUCCAGUUGCAUUUUUUUCUCCUAUGUAUUUAUUACUUCAUAUUCACAUGUACUGUUUCAUAUCAUUAAGUAGUAAGGGACACAGUCUUAAUGAAACUUAACUUUCAAAGUUACUGCUGUGCUACUGAGCUCCCUGGUAUUCCCUGUUCACUUCAGUCCUUCUAGCUGAGUGAGUAUAUAAACAAUUCGAAAAUCCUCACGGCCCAGACAGAAAGCUUUGCUGUCAUGAAGGGCCUGAUUCCAGGAGGUGCCACAGCUGAAUGCUAUGUAUAAUUGAGCCUUCACUGGAAAAGGAAUAUGCUGUCUAACUUCAAGACCCUUUUUAAACUACUAAGAUAUUUGUCUAGCUGCUAUGAAAUAACUAUCUCCUAAAUGUGAGACCCUGCCACCCAUACCCACGUUGAGCAUGGCUUGAUCCUCACAGGGCUUCUCUACGGGAGUGCUGAAAGGACUCAUGAGUUGAAGACAGCUUUCACUGGAGGUGGUACAUUCAGUAAGGUUAUAUGCUGAUACAGAUCCUUAAUGUAGAUGGUGCCUUCUGCUGUGAGAGUCUGAUCUGACUACUUAGCUGAUAGCUGCAAGUACACAUCAAAGCGUUUGCAUCCUUUAGCUACAAAGAUGAAAAGUUUUUAAAUGAAACUGCUGUAAGGAUGCAAAGCGUACAUUCUCCUAGCUAAAGUAUCUCAAGCAAGUUAAUAAAGUGGGAGCUUCAGGGGAGAGUGAGCUGCUGGUUGUGGAAUGUGUACUCAUUCUCCCUCAAAACAGUAACUAAUGGGGAUGACUGCUAAAUGUUGGUGAGAAUUUGCAAGGAAGAGUUUAUUCAAGAAACCUAGCCUCCAGUGGGUUGUAAAAUGUUUGUGGAGAGACAAUUUCCUCCUGUGCACUAAUGAAAUAUGCUAAAUUAAUGUGUUUAACUCUUUUAAGUUGUUUGCAUUUAGAGUGCUCAUGAAUGCUCAACGUUUGCUAGUUGUGCUGUGCCGGUUGGUUGCAAUCAGUCAGAUAAGCCAUGGAACAUUUCUAAUUCAGCCCAGGAAGCAUGAACAAGUAUGUCCUUCCCUGAUGCACAGACCCACAGUCAAACUGCUCCUGCAGAGGGUUAAUUCUUCUGCAAGGACAAUAUGGUAACGUAGGACUGUUCAGGGUCAUAGAUUAUGCAACACCAUCACCUAUACGUAGACUGGUACAGAGGAUGAUCUAUACAAACACAGUUGGAGACCUUAUUUGUGUUGAAGCCAGGAUUGAUUGCUUUCCACUCGCUGCCUCUACAUUUAAAAUGUCCAUGCAGUUACAACUGCCUACUUGUAAUACUAAAUUUCCCAUGAAAAGGUUGAUUCAUUCUUGUUUAGUCAGCACUGAUGAGCAUUGCAAUUACUGGGUAGAAUUUCAUCUGCUACUCUUCCUCUCUAACUCCUGCCUAGGCUUUUACCUUGGGCUGGUAAGAAAGCACAAAAGGAUUUAUUUUACUCCCUCCCAAGCAAACCCUCAGGGGUCUGCAAGGCUGAUUGCUUUUUGACUGACAUCUUGGGGACUGUGCUGAAGACAUCUCUGGCUGGAAGCAAGGAUUCUGAUAGCUUUAGUCAGAGUUAGACAUUGUUUGAGACUUGCAUAUUCUGUCCUUAUAAGAAGUGCUUACUCUUCCUCUGAUUUCUGUGCUACAGCUGUACAGCUAGGCUGCCUGCAUGAUAUGCCUGCCAUUCAGGAACAGCAUAGCUGAAAUGGGAUGGUUAGGAGAUGGUCUGUGCUUGUACCACAGGCGGCGUUUGGCUUGCCAGUGAGUGCACAUCAGCUUCUGAGGUUGAAGAAGUGUUAUUUGCAUCCACUAUGCACAAGCUAGUAAGGUUCUGCUUGGGCAUUACAUCUUUUUCCUUCUAUGGAAAUUCUGGAAAAAUAUGUAGAAAUUCUGUAUUCUACAUCUUUUUUCCUAAUCUAUUUCCUGCUUGUAAUAGCAUAAAUGUGGCUUUAAACCUAAAAAAGUUGUUACACAGAACUUGCAGGAGCAAGUAGCGUGGAAGCCCAAAUGGGGCACUUGACCUGAUUUUCACUUGACGACAUUAUGUAACAGCACAGUCAAUCCAACAUAGUCCAACAUAAUCCAAUAUUAUUAGAAGGAGGAGGGGAGAAUCUGAUAAAGAUUCUGAAUGUAACCUAGGGUCUGUAAGACAAGAAGUGAUUUAGAAAUUUAUUCAGUUCAAUUUUUAAAGCUGCACCUUUAAUUCUAUUGGAACCUGCAUGAGGUUAGCCCUGGGGACAGUUCAGGCAAGUAAAAUACUUGGCUUUUUUCCUUUUAAAUACUGAUCUGCAGUAAGUGACUUAAACACAGUGAUGGAGGAACAGGACAGUAUUAUCUGUGCAAGGAAUGAAUUACAACAGCCACAAUUUGCUAUGUUUUUGUCUGGGUAGCAAGACCUUUUGCAGUUCUCCUGUUUGUGUCUCAUUUCUGUCACUGCUCCUCUGACAGGGCUUCACAUUACUUUAACUUGAUUAACAGCUGAACUAUUUCUUGGCUGAAUAAAAUGCAUUUGAGCUUUUAAAAGCAAGUUCAUCACUUAACAUCUGUGUUAGAGCAUACCUGUAAAAUGGUGAUGUCUGCUUCUCAGAAGUGUAUCUACCAUGGGAGACUCAAACUUCAGGAACUUUUAGAAUCUCAGAUGUUGCUCAACUCUUUUUUCAUGCUUUUACAUAGUGAGUUUUUCUCUAUUCCAUGGGAAGUUAUCCACCCAGUGGGAGUAUGUAUCGUCUAUUAUUUUUUUAUGACAGCACAUUGAUCACACAUGUUGGUGCUAGACCUUUGCAAAGAAACUAGAGAGCACUUGAGUGUGAAUCAGGAUUUAGAUCUCAACCCUGCUUCUCCUGCCCUUUAAACAGGGAUGACUGCUAAACCAGUAGCCACAUAAGGCACUGGGCUCGCUCCCAAGGUACCCAGUGAGUAUUGGAUAAAGGCCUCAAAGAGACCAAAUAGUCUUUGGUCUGGAUUCGUGUCCUGACCUGAACUUUAGACCUGUGAUAGAUCGUAACCUUUGGGCCCCCUGUGUAGUCAGAAGAGUGAGAUGCUCUUCCAGCCAGUUCUUCAUCUGACCUGAUGUAAGUCCCUGUUGGUAGACAAGAUACAUUUGAGCAUGUGUUUCUUCAUGCAAGAGAAAGCACAAGUACCCUCAAAUUACCUUCUUUAUAAGCAAAACCAAAAAGGCUAAAGAAUGUAGUUUGAAAAAAAUGAAUAGUAUCUAGAGAAAUGAUUGCCUGAAGAUUUCUCAGAUAGUGACAUUAUUUUCAGGAUGGAUACUAGAUUGGGAUGUAUGGAACAAUCAAACUAGAACCUUAGAUCAAUUGUUCAUCUUCAUCUGGUCUCCUUCAGAAACAGCUAUUCCACUUCAAGAAAGGAUUUUGUUUCCCUCUUUAGCUGAUUACCCUUCCUUAUUUCAUUAAUAUGUUUCCAUUGAUGUGCUCAGUAGCUUUUUUCUCCAUUGAGAACCAGAAGACUGUCUGCCUUUAAACACAUGCAUAGAAAGAGAUCUGAGCCACCCAAGGAGUUUACCUUUCUUCCUGAUGCACUGACAUUUAAAAGCUACAUCUUACAAUAAAGCAGAAAAACUGUGGCAGUCUGGUUGCAUGCAGUUUUGGUGGAGUAAACACUUGAUUAUUCAACAAUGAGUCAUUUCUGCAGUAACCUCAUUCUGUCAUGACUGUAUCACAUCUGCUAACUCUCCAAAGCAAAAAUCAUAACCUGUACUGGUUUAAACAUGAAUACAGCAUCGUGGUUCAUACGUAACACUCUAUUCAACCAAAGAAGCCAUGUGCUAUAAGUUUAAAAGGGCAAAGUACUUGUUUUCAAAGAGAAAAUAUCAUAGACAACAACAAAGGUAAUUAUGAAAAAAGCUUCUCCAUCCUUUAGCUCUUCUCACAGUGUCUGACUUCUCCAUUAUUCUUCAAGUCUCUCUUCGUUCUCUUAGAAAGCCUUUGUGGUUUUGGAGUGUAGUGUAUUUGGAACAUAGCAUAUUGGGGCUGGAGUUGUUCUGCUGCCCUCUGACUCCCUGCCUUCUCCCAUAUUGUUAUUGUUGACCUCAAUCAGAGCUGAGGCAGGCCUGAGUGGAGCAGAACCUCUGCCCCAUAACGCCCUGCUGUCCUCAAACCAGACUCCAUUGAUGGGAUGAGAACACUGGAGGCAGAAUAUAGCUCCUGGAUCUUAAUUUGGUUCAGAAUGAUGUGAAACUAAAGAAGGCUCCUGACUGCUAGACAAUAGGAUUUUUGCUACACUACUUUAAUUUUAAUUUUAAUUAAAUGUGUUUAACAUUUCCUCUAACAGUGAUUUCAUCAGUUUCAAUGGAGAAGAGAGGAAACAGCAACUAAUGUGAUAAAGGCAAGAUAGUAAAUUGGGAAAUAGUUUAAGUGAAAUACAGCCAACUUUCAGCAAAUUCCUUUUUAUAGGUGGCUAUACCUAAGAGCACCUUUUGUAUGUUAAAACUAAGCAGUGCUAGUCUAUUGAAGUGCAUAUAGAUUAUUACUUAAAAUGAACUAUGACAAAUGGGAGUUGAAUUUACUUUCACUUUUUUCUUGAAAACACAGGAGAUAUAUGCAGAAAAGACGAUCUAGUAUUUUUUGCGAAGAGCACUAUUUGGGGGUAUACCAUCCAAAGACAUGCUGCUUGUUGUUCGCUGCAGAAGUGGUCAAGGAUUUCAGUCAAAUAAGGGCCAGAGUGCUUGGUGCAGUUAAGAUACAUACUGAAUGCCCACUUUCUUGUAUAGUGCUUUGGUUUGCCAGUAAGGAGGUCUUUUUGACACAGCAUGAUGAUUUUUCUUACCCUUGUUCCACUCUACCAUCUAUGCUUGUCCGUCAAAAAAUGGUCUAAGGAGAGGAUGGAAAAUCACGUUGCUGAAUCCAUUACAUUCCUGUCAUGUGUAUGUGAACACGUGGUGGUGGUCUGAGCUUUUGUAAUGAAAAGAGUUUAAAAGAAUUAAGAGGUCUCAAUAUUCUAAUCUAUUCUUUGAAAUUAGUUUCUCCCCCUGAUAAGCUGCAGGUUUGUUUAAAGUACAAGUAAAUAAUGGCAGCUGCUGUUGUUUUCUUUGUAAGAUCAAUGUUUGAGAUAGUGCAUAUAAUGGAGCCACAAAUUCACAGAUGCACAAUGUACGAUUGUUUUCAGAAGUUCAGCUAUUACUAGUUAUAGUAUUGACCUGAAAGGUUGCAACAAUUUCUCCAUUAGUCACGGUAGUGUUGACUGGACCUGAAAAUUCAGUGAUCAGUGUGGCUGCUGUGCUGCUAGCAAGCUAUUCUAAAUAUGCAAGUUCAGCGUUUCAUGAAACUUAAAGGGAAAAAAGAUUCUGAAUAAAAGUAGCAAUGUAUAGUAAAGGCCAUGGGUAUACAGUUUAACAAUUAAUUAUUUAAGAUUAUUUACUAUUUAAGUAAUUAGCGGCUAUAGAAGUAGCCAAAUAAUUAGCUUUCAAAGCCUACUUAUUGAUGAAAGAAUAUUUUUUUCUCAUUAGAAAUGCUAAGUUCAAUCUACAUUCCAUUUCCUUUUUCCCUAGAUUGGAAAUAAAAUAAAAUGCUAAUGUAGCUAAGACACUCUUGCAGGUCUGCACAAUAAAGUGUUUACUGAUAGCCCACUACUUGUCAUGAAAAAUAUCAUUACUUUGUCUUGUAAAUGGAAAGUCCUCCCUCCUCUGACCACAUACGUGGUAAAAUAUUAGUCACAUUAUGUAUAUCAGCACCACUGAAAGAUUAUAAAUUAGUACCUCCUACUCAAGAGCGGGGCUUAAAAACAUCCUUUGUCUGUUGCAAAAAUACAUUUUGAGGGGGAAACACCAACUGUUGUAGAGGUUAAAUUUUUAUUUGACAACUCCUAUUCUUUUUUCCUCCCCCUUUCCGAAAGAAGUGCUUAUAUACGUAGGCAAGCAUUUGCCGUUUGGGUGAUACGUUCUCUUUCCAAGUAUGAAAGAGAUGAAACAUAGCCAGUAUCUACUGUGAGCAACCUUCAGUUUGUUUUGCAGCAUAAAAAGUUCUUUUAGUGGUAAUGUAUGAACUCUUAUUAUAAACUUAGUUUAGUCAUUGCAGGAAAUGAGUUUGUAGCCAGCUAAUUAGUAUUUUCCUUAAUGACUUAUGCUUGAGUCUUAACACAGAAAAGCAGCCUCUGGAGGUGCUAUCUAAUCAGUUCAGCACUGUAGACUUAAAAUGGACAGAUGGUUGAGUAUUUCACACUCUGGCCCAGAGUGAAGAAUAAAGCAUGUCCCGUUCUGGAACAACUUCAACAUGUGCUUAAGCAUAUAGAGAAUUUACAUUCUCUGUUUAAGACAACAAACCCACCUCAUUUGUCCUUACUAAAUCCAGGCCUGAUAUAGAAUCUGUGCCAUGUUCUAAUUCAGGGGAGGAGAAGCCUUUCCUUUGAAUGACAGAAAAAUUAGGUUGGAAAGGACUCCUGGGGUUUAUCUAGUCCAAUCUCCUGCUCAAAGCAGGGCCACCUUUGAGGUUGGAUCAGGUUGCACAGGGUUUGUCUUGGUGAGUUUUGAAAAUCUCCAAGGUUGGUGAUUCUACAGCAAAUUCUGCCCUUGGAUAUACCCUCUGCCCUACCAAGGUUGAUAAAAGUGGAGUAUGUACCUUCACAACUGUAUGUGGUUUAUGGUUUUGCCUUUUUUUUUUUUUUUUGCACAUUGAUUUGAUUAGAGUCAAAUUCAAAUCUAGUGGGAGUAAGUGCAACCCCCAUUUUUCAAAGAGCUUCCACUGACAUCAAGAACUUUUCUUUCUUCCUCAUUUACAUGGGACUAAGCCAGAUCAGAUCAUGCUGAGGAUAUGAGUGCAUUCUCUCCCCUCUGCAUAAUGCGAAGCCUGCUCCUCUGAAGCUGAGGACAGGCAUAGGAUCAGAUCCAGGACAUCUGGUAAAGUCUAGUUCUGUACUGUCUGAGGUCCAUCUCAAAACCUUGGUUGGCUACUAAGUUACUAGACUGGCAUGAAAGAAAGAAGAGGAUUUACUGUGAUUACUAUUUCUCCUCACAAGACACUUGAGCAAUCCCACCACUCUUCCAAAUGCAAAACAAAACCCUUUCUUCUACCUCUUCUCUUUUAAUUCUUCACGCUUUACUUCCUCUAAUAGGAAUAACCAGAAAUAUGGUUUCAGUUGCCCUUUUAAAAACUAAACUCCAGAUCACAUAUUUAAUUGCAUCCUUUGAAAGGCCACACAGUAGUGCUAAGCUAUGUAGUAAUGCACUCAAAGGAUCUGAAAGUCUGUGCUGAGAACAGCAUCUCUCACCUCAUAGACUCAGCUGCGCUGAGCAAGAAAUUGUGAUUUGUGGCUCUACAGAAAACAUUCGAUUUGCAUCUUAUUAGAGCUACCUGGGGAGGAAAAAUAAUGUUGUGGAGACCAGGAAAUUUCUUCAAGUGCUUUAUCUGGAGGUCAGUGGAAUUCAUUUAUAAAUGAUGAAUGCAUGCAUUUUGAUGCUAAAGUUGUGCUGACUUACAAAGUUUGAUAUUACUGUACUUUUCUGUGCACAGUGAGGUUUUUUUGAAGUGGUAAACAUAUUUUCCAGGAAUAUGGUAGACAUUUGUAACAUGUAUGUUUGUGCCAAUAAAUCUUGUUUUAAG